CGGGUCUGAGAGGGACCCGUUAGCGGGAGCGGCGGCCGGUCCGGCUAGGCCAUGUCCAAGCGGCUGCGGAGCAGCGACGUGUGCGCCGAUUGCAGCGCUCCCGACCCAUGUUGGGCAUCAAUUAACAGAGGAGUUCUGAUUUGUGAUGAAUGCUGCAGUGUCCAUAGGAGCCUGGGCCGGCACAUCUCCCAAGUCAGGCACCUGAAACACACACCGUGGCCCACAACGCUGCUUCAGAUGUUGGAAACCUUGUACAGUAAUGGGGCCAACUCCAUCUGGGAACAUUCAUUGCUGGAUCCUGCAUCUGUCAUGAGCGGAAGGCGCAAAGCAAACCCCCAGGACAAAGUUCACCCCAAUAAAGCGGAAUUCAUCAGAGCAAAGUAUCAGAUGCUGGCCUUCGUUCAUCGCUUACCAUGUCGGGAUGAUGACAGUGUGACUGCCAAAGACCUUAGUAAGCAACUCCACUCAAGCGUCAGGACGGGGAACCUGGAGACCUGUUUGCGGCUUCUCUCUCUGGGCGCCCAGGCCAACUUCUUCCAUCCAGAGAAAGGGAACACCCCACUGCAUGUAGCUGCCAAGACGGGUCAGAUUUUACAAGCGGAGUUGUUGGCGGUGUAUGGGGCUGAUCCUGGCACACAAGACUCCAGUGGGAAGACGCCAAUUGACUAUGCAAAGCAAGGAGGGCACCAUGAGCUGGCGGAACGCCUUGCAGAAAUCCAGUACGAGCUCACUGACAGGCUGGCAUUCUAUCUCUGUGGCAGAAAACCUGAUCACAAAAGUGGACAACAUUUUAUUAUACCUCAAAUGGCAGACAGACGGCUUUUAGAUUUGUCAGAACUGGCCAAAGCAGCCAAGAGGAAGCUUCAGUCGCUGAGCAAUCACUUGUUUGAAGAGCUCGCCAUGGAUGUCUAUGACGAGGUGGACAGGCGGGAGACAGACGCAGUGUGGCUUGCCACUCAGAACCACAGCACGCUGGUCACCGAGACAACGGUGGUCCCUUUUCUCCCCGUCAAUCCCGAGUACUCCUCAACAAGGAACCAGGGAAGGCAAAAGCUGGCUCGCUUUAACGCCCAUGAAUUUGCAACACUUGUCAUAGACAUUCUUGGGGAUGCCAAGCGAAGGCAGCAAGGGAACCCCGUCCCGAGUUCCAGAGAAAAUAUAGAGCUGAUCCUGAAGUCUGUCAACAGCCAGCACAGUACAGAGUGUCAGGAUAAUGACCAGCCUGACUACGACAGCGUUGCCUCUGACGAAGAAGUGGAUCUGGAAACAAGCUCAAUCAAGGCACCCCGGCAGAAGAGCCUAGAUUCAGACUUGUCGGAUGGACCCAUCACAGCCCAGGAAUACCUACAGGUUAAAAACGCCCUGGUGGCUUCGGAGAUGAAAAUCCAGCAGUUAAUGAAGGUGAACGUCAACUUGAGCGAUGAGCUGAGGAUCAUGCAGAAGAAGCUUCAGACGCUACAGAGCGAGAACACGAGUCUCCGGCGGCAGGCCACAACAAACACCUCCCUGACUCCGGCUGGCUCUGAGUACCCAGAUGCCGGCAGCCACUCUUCCUUGAUCUGGCGGCCCUCUGUGCGCAGCAGCCGGCCCAUGUCCAUGUACGAGACAGGAUCGGCCCAGAAGCCCUACUUGCCACUGGCCGAAGUCUCCUACCCAGAGGAGCACAUCACGUCGCGGCUGCAGCCAUUCCCUCCCCAUGCAUCCAGACUGGAAAAGCAGAGCAGCCUGCCUGAAGGGGAUUAUGACAAUGCCGUUCCUGUGCUGGAGCCCGACGAGACAGGAAUCAGCAGGAAGGCCAGGCAGCGAAGCGCCUUCCGACAGGGAGAGGGGCCCACCUCCGAGGGCAAGGACCCAGAUGCCAGCCCCAGCCUCCCCAGCACAGAGGACGUAAUUCGGAAAACGGAACAGAUCACCAAGAACAUCCAGGAGCUUCUGCGGGCAGCUCAGGAGAACAAACACGACAGCUACAUCCCCUGCUCAGAAAGGAUCCAUGUGGCAGUGACGGAGAUGGCUGCUCUCUUUCCAAAAAAGCCCAAGUCUGAGCUGGUGCGCACCUCUCUGCGGCUGCUGACCUCCAGUGCCUUCCGACUGCAUUCCGAGUGCACGAAGGCCCUUCCGCCAGAGUCCUGCCCCCUGGCCGACAUCCAGCUGGUCACACAGCAGGUCAUUCAGUGCGCCUAUGACAUCGCCAAAGCUGCCAAGCAGCUGGUCACCAUCACAACCAAGGAGAACACCAACUGAGGCCGCCGUGUCCCCCCCCCCACCACCUCUGCAGCAGGCCCCCUGCAAAGGGUCGGCUGGGAAGCUGAACGUUUCCAUGUUUUUUACAGGAAUAUUUAAGGUGGUGCGUUACUUCUUUUUUUAAAAGGAAUCUCAGUAUUAAAGGGUUUUUGCAUGUCCCCACCCUCAAAAGAACCCCCCCCCCCGAAUUAAUGUAACCCACUGCCUUAUCUUAUGCCUGUAUUGCCAGUGUAAAGAGGGUGUCAUUGUUUGGAACAUGUCAUGAGCCAAUCUUCGCAUCAACCGCUCUCACAGGGAUGUGUGUGUGUAUCUGGGGUAGGGAGCGUCAGGGAGGGUCGCACUCUGCACCAUUUGUGAACUGAAAUGCACAUAUCAGGAUACAGGGCACAUAUCCCCAAGUCUUGUUAUGCAGCUGUUUGACACACCUGAACCACUAUGUUGCACAUACCACUAGCCUCUGAAGGGGGGCGGUAGGUAAGGACAACCCGCCCACCCCAAACAUGAUCCCUGCCAAUCAGUCCCCACUCCUUGCACAAUACCAGGCUAACAAAGGCUUGCUACAAAAUGGUCGGACUAGCUUCCCCACCGCUCUAAUAUUUUAGUCCCUUGGGACCCUUCCUUGCUUUCCAUGGUGGAAGCAGAUGGAAGGGUCUCAGGUUUUCUUUGGCCCGUGUUCACCAAGACAGCAUGGCAGGGUGACAUUCAGAAAGGGGGCAGCUGUGCAGGGUGGCUGAGGAAGCCCCUGCUCUGCUGUUGGGUGCCCAAGUGGUCCAGUGGAUGGAUGCCAUGCUUUGCAGACAAACAGCUGAUUGUGUCCAGCAACAGCCCCACCCCCUCCCUUCAUCUUGGUGCAUCUGGGCCACCCCACUAGUAAAGGGUUCCGAUGAAUCCAGAGAAAGUCUUGUGAAUUCUGCUGAACGGAGAAAGAGUCUUGGGCUACAGCCAGCCUGUGAGAGUUUGGUGCUCAAGGUGGAAAACCCAAAGGGCAGCCUGUGGGCACAUAAUGCCCAAUUCUGUGCACACCUGUCUUGUAACAAACAAGAGUGCCUUGUGGUGCUCUGGGUUCAUCUCCCACUCAUUCCACUGCAGCCUUCCACCCCAGCAGGACAAGACCCACUUAGCUCCUCUAAGUGUCUGGCCAAAAUGUAUGCACAAAACCAAGAGGGUCUCGGGUUUGGGGAAAUAGGAAGCUUGAGGCUGGCUGGGCCUGACCAACUCAUCCUUCCUCCUGCCCUGCCUGGUGCUCCCCCCAGCAGGCUCUGCCAUGGCCCGAGUGAAGUUGCCAGCUCACUGCAGGGUACUGCUUCUGUACAAGGCAGAGAGGAGGCGAUCUGCAUGCCACUCAUAGGAAGAUAGGCUGCCUGCUCCAGUGGAGAGGGUUCUGGGUUUAGAAGCAGCAGUCCAACUUGAGGGGUGCGUGAGAGAGUGUGUGUGUGUGUGUGUGUUUUACCCUGUUGGUAUUUAUAUAUUAAAAGAAACCAAACCAAGUGCCAUAAUAAUGUUGGAUGCUGAUGUUACCUUGUAAUUAACUACCUUUUUAAAAAGUAUUGUACUAUUUUUGGGUUAAAAGAAAAAACAAAAAAGGUAGAACAG